GCCUUUGACCAGGAGAGAUGCUUGUCUUUCCUGGCUCAACCUGGUUCCGGCACCUCCUGUGACUCCCGGCUGCGUUCCAACGAUGAGACUUCUCAGCCGCAUUGGGGCGACCGCCCUCGCGGCGUCGUUGUGCCUGCAGCAAUGCGUAGCCCAGAUGACCGAGGGGUCUUACACCGACGCCGAGACGGGUAUCAAGUUGAAGACAUGGACGGCUACCGACGGAGCCCCUUUCACCUUCGGCCUGGCCUUGCCCUCUGAUGCCUUGACCAAGGAUGCCACCGAGUACAUUGGUCUUCUGCGCUGCCAAAUCGCAAAUGCCACGUCGCCCGGGUGGUGCGGUCUCUCGCACGGUCAAUCCGGUCAGAUGACGCAGGCGCUGCUGCUCGUGGCAUGGCAAUCCAAGGGGACGGUUUACACGUCGUUCCGCUAUGCCACCGGCUACACCCUGCCCGGAGUCUACACGGGCGAUGCCAAGCUGACCCAGAUCUCGACCAACGUCACCGACACCAGUUUCGAGCUGCUCUACCGGUGCCAGAACUGCUUUGCGUGGAGCCAGGAGGGGACCACGGGAAGCGUAUCGACGAGCCAAGGAAACCUGGUCCUCGGUCACGCGGCGGCCAAGCAGGGGCUGGAAAAUCCCACCUGCCCGGACCAAGCCACCUUCGGCUUCCACGAUAACGGGUUUGGGCAGUGGGGUGCGCCGCUUGAGGGUGCCAACCAGGCCUCGUACACUGAGUGGGCGGCGCUGGCCACAAAGACGCCUGCCACUACCUGCGACGGUCCCGGCGGCCCCAUCGCGGAGUGCAAGCCCGCCCCCACGACGACGUACGACUACAUUGUCGUUGGGGCCGGCGCGGGCGGCAUUCCGGUUGCCGACAAACUCAGUGCGGCCGGCCACAAGGUUCUGCUCAUCGAAAAGGGGCCGCCUUCGACCGGCAGGUGGAAGGGGACCAUGAAGCCGCAGUGGCUGGAAGGCACCGAGCUGACCCGCUUCGACGUCCCGGGCCUAUGCAAUGAGAUCUGGGUCAACUCUGCCGGCGUGGCCUGCACCGAUACCGAUCAGAUGGCAGGCUGUGUCUUGGGCGGUGGGACUGCUGUCAACGCUGGUCUUUGGUGGAAGCCUAAUUCCAAGGACUGGGAUUACAACUGGCCCAACGGUUGGAAGUCUAAGGACCUCGCUGCCGCAACAAGCCGCGUCUUCAGCCGGAUCCCGGGCACGUGGCACCCGUCUGUGGACGGCAAGCUUUACCGGCAGGAGGGAUAUGACGUCCUCACCAGCGGUCUCGCCAAGUCCGGGUGGAAGCAGGUGGUUGCCAACGACGCGCCCAACUCGAAGAACCGCACCUUCGCCCACACUCACUUCAUGUUCUCCAACGGCGAGCGGGGCGGCCCGCUGGCGACCUACCUCGUUACGGCGGACGGACGGUCGAACUUCGACCUGUGGACCAACACGGCCGUGAGAAGGGCGAUCCGCACGGGAAGCCAGGUUACGGGUGUUGAGCUGGAGUGCCUGACCAACGGCGGCUUCAGCGGCACCGUCAAGUUGAACCCCAAGGGCGGUGUCAUCUUCUCGGCCGGUGCUUUCGGUACGGCGAAGCUGCUAUUCCGCAGCGGUGUCGGCCCGGAGGAUCAGCUCCAGAUCGUCGCCAAUUCGAAGGACGGCGCGACCUUCACUCCCAAGAGCGACUGGAUCAAGCUGCCCGUGGGCAAGAACCUGAUCGACCACCUCAAUACUGACCUGAUCAUCACGCACCCCGAUGUCGUCUUCUACGACUUUUACGAGGCGUGGGAUUCCCCCAUCGAGAGCGACAAGAACUUGUACCUCGAUAAACGGUCUGGUAUCCUGGCGCAGGCUGCACCGAACAUUGGCCCGAUGAUCUGGGAAGAGGUCACCCCCUCGGACGGCAUCCUCCGCCAGUUCCAGUGGACCGCCCGUGUCGAGGGCGAUUCCCGCCAGACCAACUCGACGCACGCCAUGACCCUGAGCCAGUACCUCGGCAGAGGUGUCGUCUCGCGCGGCCGCAUGGCCAUCACUCCCUCGCUGGACACCGUCGUCGCCGAGGCCCCCUAUCUCCACAACGCCGGCGAUAAGGAGGCCGUCAUCACGGGGAUCAAGAACCUGAUGGCCGCGCUGAACGUCAUCCCCAACAUCACCUGGGUCCUGCCCCCGCCCGACGGGACCGUCGAGGAUUAUGUCAACAGCCUCCCCGUGACACCCGCAGCUCGGCGCGCCAACCACUGGAUGGGCACGGCCAAGCUGGGCACCGACGAUGGCCGGAAGGGCGGCGGCACGUCGGUGGUGGACCUCAACACCAAGGUGUACGGCACCGACAACCUGUUUGUCGUGGACGCGUCCAUCUUCCCGGGCAUGAGCACCGGCAACCCGUCGGCCAUGAUCGUCAUUGCGGCGGAGCAGGCGGCCGGCAAGAUCUUGGCUUUGAGGGGUCGGUGAAGGAGAAACGGGGGAAAGGGUCUUGAUAGUAAGGCUGCGGUCUGCGGAUGUAACGUGUAUGUAUAGGGGGUUUAUUACGACGAAGAAAUAAGUAGGGGGCUUUUCGCCCAUCCCUCUGACAGCCACUCCUUGAGAAGUAUGCAGCGUUGAUCUUGUGGGAAAACUCUGAAACAAAGAAAC